GCUUGACUUCCUUGUCCAUAAGACACAUACUGGCAGAACAUGGGCCAUCAGGAGGAGUGGGGCUGGCUUGGUGCAGCCAGAAGGUGCCACUGGACCCAUGGUGUUUUGUGGUACCCUCAGUCUCUGUAGGGGGGUUUGACCAGGUGAGCUCUCAUGUGGACAAGCUGGAGCAACUCCCACUUUGCUCCAAGAUCACCUUGAGGAGCCGAGCCUGUGCCACACUCCUCCUGCCACCAGCCCAGUGCCACUGGGAAGUAGUUAAUGAUUACCCUACCACCUCAGGUUCCUGCACUGCCCCAGCAUGCGGGAGGCUGGGAAGCAGGAUGCUGCUGCUGGUGGUGCUUCUGGUGUUGCUGGGCCCCACUGGCUGCCCCAAAACUGAGCCCCUGAGCGGGUCGGGCCAGGAGCCCCUCUUCCGUGGGGCAGAUCACUACAACUUUGCCGUCGUCGUCGCUGCUGGUGCCGUGGAGUGCUUCUGGCAGUUUGCACACCAGACUGGCAACUUCUUCUUCAGCUAUGAGGUCCAGCGGGCAACAGGGAUUGGCAAUAGCAGGAACAUCCUGGUCACAGCAACUGACCCCAGCGGUGUCCAGCUUGGCGUUUCCCAGCACAUGCGAGGACAGAUCAGCUUCCUCACCAAGGAGACAGGCUUCUACCAGCUGUGCCUGGACAACCAUGAAAACCACUUUGGCUUCGUGCAGGUAUAUCUCAGCUUUGGUGUCUACUAUGAAGGCUUCAAUGUGGAAAAGGAGCAGCCAGAAGAAAAGAAAAAGCUGAACAACACCCUGGAGGCAAUUGAGGGCAGCAUCCACAAGCUGCAGAUCCACAUCUUCCAUAUGUGGCGGUUCUACAACUCCGGCCGGAUGCGGAAAGGGGCUGACUUCUUCCUCCUGCAGUCCAACUACAACUACAUCAACUGGUGGUCAAUGGCUCAGAGCUGUGUCAUUGUGCUCUCCGGGGUGCUCCAGCUCUACUUCUUGAAGCGCCUCUUCCACGGGCACACCUCCAGCAGGCAGAAGUGCUAGCAGUGCCCAGAACCGCUGCCCACAGCGCUCUGUAACCAAGCUGCUGCUUUGG